UUUAAUUUAUUCUAGGUUUUGGCGGGGAAACCUAAACCUUCAUAGAAGUUCAUACCCCCAAAUUUUGAGACCCAGAAAUUAGAAAAAUGGAGGGAUGUUAAAAACCAGAGAAAUGAGCAACAUCAGAGUUCAAUUCUCAAUUUGCAAUAAAUUGCUGAAUUUUCAGUAACUAAAGAAAUGCAGAAAACAAUCGAAUCCUUUUUCAAGCACUCAUCUACUCCUCAAUCUGCACCACAUACCCAUAAUUUCGAUGAUUUAUUCGACGGAAUUAAGGCACGAAAACACCCAGAGAUUCGAAUCAAAUACACCCGUCAAAUUACCAGGGCAGUAGAAUCGACAAGUGAUGGGUUAAUUGGGGAAGAAAGUUUUGAAGAGCAAAAACGAAAGUGUGAGAAUUUAAAAGGGAAUAUUUUAAACAAGAAGAGAAACUAUGCCCAGUUUCAUUUGGAAUUAGGUCAAUCUGAUUUUCUUCUUCAUACAUGUAAGAUUUGUGGGAUUAAGUAUGCAAAAGGGGAUGAAAUUGAUGAGAAGGUUCACAGUACAUUUCACAAGAAUUAUACUCAUGGAUCCAUUUAAGGGUGGCGCCACGAGAGGGUGAUUAAUUUGCCGUCUCUCGAAAAGGACCGUGUUAUCGUUGUAUCGAGUUGUGAUCCUCCAGCUCAGAGGAAGAAGGUUCAAGAGGUUGUGAAGAUGAUGGAGAUCGAACUCGGCGAUGGAUGGAUUUUCGAUGACCAUUGUAAGGUGUAUUUAUUUAUAUCCAUACAAAGAGUUGCAGGUUGUGUGAUUGUCGAGCCAAUAAAAAUGGCACACAAGGUCCUUUCAGACACGGUGCAAAAAGUUUCUGAUGGUUCUAGUGGAAGAGAAUUAAUAUCUAAACCAAAGACAUUGCAGUUUGGAGGCAUAUGCUUUCAAAGGGAAGUUUCUAAGAAAUGUUGUACUAGUAGAAGCUCGGAGGCAAUGGAUUCAAACCUACUUGGAUCGAUCGUUUGCGAAGAGGAAGCUACACUGGCUUCUUGUGGCAUUAGGGCGAUUUGGGUCAGUCCGUCAAACCGAAGAAAACGCAUUGCAACACAAUUGCUGGAUGCUGUGAGGAAAAGCUUCUGUUCAGAUCAUGUUCUUGAGCGAUCCCAGUUAGCAUUUUCUCAGCCAACCUCAGCAGGAAAGGCACUGGCAACCAAUUAUACUGGUACAUCAUCCUUUUUGGUGUACAAAAGCUAGUACUACGACAAUAUGCCUCAAUAUGUUUGUAUGAUUAGAAAGUAGGAAAUUCAGAUAUUACACUAGUUAUAGCUCUUGAAUAUCCUCCAAAUAUCUUUUCUGCACAACUAGUUUCACGAUGUAUAGGUUUUAAUAUGACCACCAUGAAUUUAGUCAAGAGUGAGCGAAUUUCAAAGAGGAAUUGAAGGGCAUUGGUAUUUUUCUUGCAA